AUGCUGUAUAGGAACCAUCAUCAGGAUGACUUCGCAAGACAGAAAGAACAUCUCGCCCUAUUACUACUAAGUAAUAGAGUUGCUAGAAAUUUAGCCAUGGAAACAGAACGAAUUUUAUCAGGAGAUGAGCUCGAACUGGCACAGGGUGAAAAUACAAAAGUAAGGACAAAGUCCCAUGUACGGACGCAACUUGCUGCCACUAAACUUAUUACUAACCCUGGUUAUUCUGGUCCUCCUGGAGCUGGCGCUGCUUCCUCCCUCGACCCUGGUCUUGAUGCUAAGAAUGGGCAGGUUCCUGGUCAAGGUACUGAAGCUCCCGGUUCUAAUAGUACGGGUAGUAAUCGUAGUAUAGGUUCUGUUGUUGUUCCUACUUCUAAUGAAGCAAAUUCAGUGAGCUCCCCAGGGGAAGAACCACCCCUAGUAUCAGCAAUAGAAAAUCCGGGAAUAGCUCCUACAGCGGAAUGUGCUGCGGGUGAUGUUGUAAAGGUGGCGGAUCCUUCAAGCGGCAACCGUAAAUUAGAAGGAAUUGCAGCAACUCCAUUAGAAGAGGAGCUCGAAUUGGCACCAGAUGAAGAAGCGGAUGGACCAGCCGAACAGGAAGUCGAGGAGGUGGACUUGAGCUGUUUUCCCUUUUUGCUAUCCAAUGGAAAACAGUGUGUAACAUCCCUUCGGGAUAUAUUUCGUCGUAAUAAGGAAGAGGUAAAACAAGAAGAAGAAGUAAAAGAAGAAAUUAAAAAAGAACUAAAAAGCGGAAUAAAAGCGAAGUGGAAGAAAUGGAAGAAGAAUGAGAAACAAACAAACGAGGAAGUCAAGGAAGAAGUAAAAGAAGAAGUAAAGGAAGAAGUAAAAGAAGAAGUCAAGGAAGAAGUAAAAGAAGAAGUAAAGGAGGAAGUAAAAGAAGAACUAAAAGAAGAAAUCAAGGAAGAAGUAAAAGAAGAAGUCAAGGAAGAAGUAAAAGAAGAAAUCAAGGAAGAAGUAAAGGAAGAAGUCAAGGAAGAAGUAAAAGAAGAAGUAAAAGAAGAAGUGAUAGAAGAAGUAAAGGAAGAAGUAAAAGAAGAAGUCAAGGAAGAAGUCAAGGAAGAAGUAAAAGAAGAAGUGAUAGAAGAAGUCAAGGAAGAAGUCAAGGAAGAAGUAAAAGAAGAAGUAAAGGAAGAAGUAAAAGAAGAAGUCAAGGAAGAAGUAAAAGAAGAAGUAAAGGAAGAAGUCAAGGAAGAAGUAAAGGAAGAAAUAAAAGAAGAAGUAAAAGAAGAAGUAAAGGAAGAACAGAAAGAACAAAAAGAUCACGCAGGGGAAGAACCAUCCCUAGUAUCAGCAAUAGAAAAUCCGGGAAUAGCUCCUACAACAGAAAAUGCUAAAGAAGAAGCUCCUCAGUUCGAAACGGAAGCUGCCAAAAAAGAAGUCACUAAAUGUACAGAAGAAGAUAAAGGAACAGCUGAACAGCAGGUACAGGAAAAAAAAACAUAUUUCUCAAAUAGAUACCUGAAUUUUGACAAUUUUUGUCAGAACCUACGAGAAUCAUAUGAAGACGUAGAUAAUGAUGAUAAUAAGGAACAAAAAAAGAAAAGGAAGAAGAGACAGGGAAAAACAGGUAAAAUGCUAAAAAGGGUAAACAAAUAUGAGAAUGAAAUAUCAAAAUAUGGAGAAAGAUCAUUACGAUAUGAUAAGGAAGAACAUAUAUAUGAUGAGCACGGAAUGGACGAAUUAUUAUUUGGGGAAAUUAAAAAAUAUGAAAAAAACGGAACCCAUAGAACUAGUAAUUUCUACUACGAAAUGUCUUGUUUUGAUGAUAGAUUGACAGAUAAAGAAAUAAAUAAGAAAUUAGAAAAAAUGGAAGAAUUCCCUGAAAAAUGGGAAUUAGUCUCCCUCUACUGGCAAUCAUACACAAAUGAAAGAGGUAGAUAUAUUGAUGUUAGAAAAUGUUUGCUAGAAAAAUACCUAGAAUUAAAAGAGGAACAAUCUUUCGAAGCUCUCCAAAAAUAUAAUAAGAAAUGGAAAAAAUGUGAAGAGAUAAUGCACAAUAACUUUGUAAAACAACACAAGCAUAUUAAUGAUGUAUAUUAUACCUUCGCUGCAAAAGAAAAUGUAAGCAGAGAUGAAUUCAAGGAAAUCUUAAAAAGCGUGAGAGCUUCAUGGGAAGAUUACGCGCUUAAGACAACGGACAAAUGUAUAGCUCUUUUGGAGGAACCAGUUGUCUCAGAAUUCAAGUUCUCGAGGUAUGUCGGUUCAGGAUUCGUGGCUGAGGGUCCACGGUAUGUUAUUCAAGGGUUCUUUAUUUAG